AACGUGCCAUGCCUCAUGAGAACCCGCAAUAUCACGAUAUUUAAUGCAAAAUGCACGUGUAAUAAUCACUCUUAAGCUACAGUUUAACUAAAAUCCUGAACUAUAUUUUUCAUUUGCGCGGUUAUUCUCUGGAGUCAAUACGGUUUAAGAGUGUUAACGUUUGUUUUUACAAUAAAGUUUUGUGUUUUCAAUAGUCCGUGCUUCAUAAUUGCCCGUCUGGAAACUUGGGUUUGUUGUUUAGCCACUGCCCUUAGCAUGCAUGCUUCGUGAGAUCAUUUUCCUCACAGUUGUUGUGUUUGCAUUGUCACAUAUUGUUGACAGUAUCAUAGACUUGUUUGUCGUAAAUGGACGGUGUCCCGUGCCUUCGUGUGUCGCAGAGUCACGCUCAACAAUUCAGGAAACGUUUGCAGUCCCGAGGCGCUCUGGACUUGAGGUUCCGCCUGCAGAGAGACUCAGACGGGACGGUGCUCCUGCCGGUCUCACCAUCCUGUCUGUCACAAGUUGAUCUACAAACCCUCAGACGCAGCGUGGCCUCAGAGAGUGUCUGUGAAAUUGUGUGGAGUCAGGCUCUCCAGCAGUCCAAGAGGGAGAGGGGGAGGACAAGUGGAAAUAAACUCGUGAGGAUCUUACAGGAAUUGUUGGAGUCUCAUGGAGAAAGGUGGACUGAGGACCUGAAUGAGGACGUUCCUCACAGCUGCCAGCGGCAUGGAGAUUUAGUCCUGCUGGGAGACGCCUGCUUCUCCCUGCCAGUAUGGAAGAAAACUGGCCAGGAGCUGUGGAGUGCAGUGGCCAGAGGGCUGGGGGCAGAGCGCCUGGCAAAGAUGAGCCGGAUCUCGAGGGAUGGAUUCAGGUCUCCCGUGGUGACGAUGCUGUUAGGAGAGCACAGCUGGGUGACACACGUUGACAAUGGAGUCAGAUACGAGUUUGAUGUUACCAAAUCGAUGUUCUCAGCUGGAAACAUCACAGAGAAACUCCGGGUGGCCAAAUUCGACUGCAGAGGAGAGACUGUGGUGGAUUUAUAUGCAGGUAUUGGAUACUUUACUCUGCCGUAUUUGGUGCAUGCGGGGGCCAGCCAUGUCCACGCUUGUGAGUGGAACCCGGAUGCCGUCGACGCUCUGAGGAAAAACUUGCAAGGAAACGGGGUGUCUGACCGCUGCACCGUUCACCAAGGAGACAAUCGACAACUCCCACUGAGUGAUCUUGCUGACCGAGUGAACCUGGGCCUCAUACCGAGUUCAGAGGAGGGCUGGCCUGUUGCCUGUCGACUGCUGAAGAAAACAACCGGAGGCAUUUUACACAUUCACCAGAAUGUCACCUCGCCGUUACCAAGCACAGCAGUCAUCCCUGCCGUGGAUGAUGCAGCCAACAGGGCCCCGGGAAAGAAAACCGACAGAGGAGUUUGGCAGGCCUGGGCCGACGACACGGCCAGCCGCAUCGCCUCUCUGCUGAAGGACAUUGGUGGCGCGCCGUGGAAAACAAACAUCCAGCACAUAGAGCACGUUAAGUCAUACGCACCUCAUGUCCACCAUGUUGUGCUGGACUUGGAGUGUAGACCGCUUUGAACUGAACAUACUAACACAAGACACCAAGCAGACGUUACUGGUACCUGGCAUUCCUUUUUCAUGAUUAGUAUUUUGUAUGAUGUUAUUUUAAAUCCACAAUCCAAACCACACAACAAAAAGAUUAAAGCCCACAAGAUUCUUGACUGCCAGUGGCUAAGAAUGAA